AUGUCGUCUCACGUACACCUGCACUUGCACUUCCACGUAAACUGCGUUUGCAGUGUGCCCGUUGGUGGUAGUGAGGGGGAUGAGAUGGAUGUUGACGCUGUAAGUAACUGAUUUCCUUGAUUUAUCCAGGUUCGAUAUGUCAAAUGAGACCUCGCGGCAAGGAAUUCAUUCAAGCUUACGUUCUAACCAUUAUCAAUAGCCUGCCGCCGCUACUACAACAACAACAACAAUAAGAACAACAACAACUAAAACCACAACUACAACCGCCACUCCCACUGCUCCCUCUGAAGAGUCUGCUCCCUCUGCUCCCACUGCUCUCUCUGAAGAGCGGGACUCCGAAGAGCGGGAUUUUAAAUCCUCCACCACUCCCUCUGCUAUCAUUGCUCUCUCUGAAGAACGGGACUCUGAAGAACGGGAUUUUAAAUCCUCCACCACUCCCUCUGAAGAGCAGGACUCUGAAGAGCGGGAUUUCAUCCUCUCCACUGCUCCCACUGCUCCCACUGCUGCCUCAGAAGAAUCUGGAGACUCUGGAGAGCGGGACUUUAUCCCCCUUGCGCGCCCUCUUCCCCCUAUGGCUUUUCGGUUUCCGGACGUUCCGUACGUCCACCAGGCCCCUGUGGCUGGUGCGUACUGGUGGCGGAAGGAUGAUUCUUUUUUCGAUCCGUAA